AUGCUACAACGGAAAAUAAUUACAUCUGUCAAAGGCCUAGAGGAUCCCAAACAUCCUCUGUUGGGUCCUAAUCUAAAGGGGCUUUAUUGGUUUGGCCUCUGGCAAUGUGGACAUAAAAUUCGAGACGGCUUCUUCAAUUUUUUACAUGUCUGCUCCUUUCUUUUCGUUGUAAGCGAAUUUAUUGAACUGUACUUUAUGAGAAACGACUCGAUGAAAGUGCUUUUCAAUAUUUCCGUGGCUGCUUUGAGCCUUGUUUCUAUAAGCAAGACGGUAUUUUUUGUUAUGCAUCUCUCUCGUUGGAGAGAACUCGUUAAAAAUAUUUCAACAGAAGAACUCGCGGCGCUGAAAAGCAAUGAUCCGGUUACAAGAAAACUAAUGAAAAAUUACAUCGAUUAUUCAAGAGUGAUAACAUUUUUAUUUUGGUCAGUGAUUCUACUGACUCAUAUAGUGACAAUUUUGGCUCCAUUUCUAAAGUACGCCACGGUGCCGGUUUAUCGUGAAAUGAUAGGGAACGGUACGGAACCCUAUCCGCAAAUUCUAAGCUCGUGGUUUCCUUUUGAUAAAACUAGAAUGCCCGGAUAUCUGGUGGCUGUAACCGUCCAUAUAAUAAUGACUAGUCAGGGUUGUGGUGUUAUCGCUGUUUAUGAUACGAACUCUGUCGCGAUAAUGUCCUUUUUGAAGGGCCAAAUGAUGAUAUUGCGAUAUAAAUCCCAAAGGAUUUUUGGCGGCGUAAAUGAAAUUCCGAGAGAUCAAGUAUUAGAUAACAUCAAAGAGUGUCAUCGAUUGCAUAACUUUUGUAUAGAACAGUUCAAAACAUUCAAUUCUUUAAUUUCUGCAGUAAUGUUCGUCUAUGUACUCGUUUGUUCCUUAUCAAUUUGCUGCAGCGUGGUACAACUUAGUUUGGGAGAAAUCACAAUGUCCCAAAAGAUCUGGGUCAUUGAAUUCACUACGGCAUUGACGGUUCAACUCUUUCUAUACUGUUGGCACAGCAAUGAAAUUGCCUAUGAGAGUUAUAGUGUCGAACAAGGCAUGUACAGUAGCAACUGGUGGCGCGGUGACGUUCAAGUGCGUAGGCAAGUGCUGCUACUUGCGGGCAAGCUGUCACCUUCGUUCAUAUUGCAAGCGGGGCCUUUCAUGAAUUUUUCCAUGGCCACGUUUAUUGACAUUUUGAAAGGCUCAUACAGUUUUUAUACUUUGCUCACGCAAAUGCAAGAAAACAAAAAAUGAAGAAACAGCAGACCUUCGUUCUAAAAAGUUCAAUAUGAACUUUCACACAUGCACUGUUUUUACCUAAC